AAUGCGCGACGUCCUUUGGUCCAAGUAAUCAAACGUUAAGAAACACGUGUGUUAUAUCAUUUAGUUUGUUGAUAUUUGUGUUUUAGUAAUGGAAUCUUCCGAAGAAUCAUCAGAUAGUGAAAUCGAAGAAUCAUCAGAUAAUGAAAUCGAAGAAUCAUCAGAUAGCGAAAUGGAAGAUCUGGUUGUUAGAGCAUUGGACAAAAUCAAAAGUAACGUUACCAAGACAAAAUCUGACAAUUCAGUAAAGAAAACUAGCAAAGGGACCAGCAUGGACCGAGCUAGCAAUAACCGGGUUACAUUAUCAUCGAAAAUACAGAGUAAUGUGAAUCUACAUGAUACCUAUUUAAAGAAACCAACACAUUCAACAGUAAAGCAGACAAAGGAAUCCACCAUUCAGAAUUUAAUAAAAGGAUCAGACAAAGACAGUGAAAUAAUGAAAAAAAGUGUUCUGCAGCCAGAUAUAGAAAAGAAAUAUGCAUUACCACCGUAUCAGGAAAGUUUACAAAAGCUCAAGAAACAAAGGAAGAAAGAUAAACAGAUGACUAAAGGAAAAGGUUGGUUCGACAUGAAGGCACCGGAGAUGACAGAGGAGACAAAGAAUGAUCUGACUGUUCUACAGAUGAGACGAGCUCUUGACCCAAAAAGAUUUUACAAGAAUAAUGAUAUUAAAGCUCUCCCAAAGUUCUUUCAGUUUGGAAAAGUUAUCGAGAGUCCGGUAGAUUUCUACCAUUCGAGGAUUCCAAAGAAACAGAGAAAGUCCACCAUGGUGGAUGAAUUAUUAGCGGAUGCAGAAUUCAGAACGUACAACAAGAGAAAGUAUGUUGAGAUACAGGAAGCCAAGCGGAAAGGAGCAGGACCAUACAAACACAUGAAAAGACUCAAGAACAGAAAACGAUAAUAUAUGCUACUUAUGUUUAUCUUAUUAGUACUGGUCGAAUUUAUAUCUACCAUAUUUAUUCAUAAAUAAGUUCCUGUUCCCAAAUAAGCCAUUUCUUAAAUUUCACAGAAUCUUCAAUUAACCAAAAUGUGGUUUACAGAGAUGAAAUUAUGCAUCAAGUGAGGGGGAUUGUUUGAGAAUAAAUAUGAUAUCCUGUUGUAAAUGUAAAAUAGUAAUAAUUAUGACAUGUACAUUGUAUAUUACAAAAUGUAUUAUAUGUGGCACUUCAAUGUGCUAAAUAAAAAUACAAAAUGUAUUAUAUGUGGCACUUAAAUGUGCUAAAUAAAAUUUCUAUGAAAUUUUGAAUUCA